UGACCAUCUGCAUCAUGGACUCCGAGCAGAUCACACGUUGUCGGACAUCGCUGCGAGUUGUUACCGCUGUUCAUACUACAAGGUAUAGGUUGGACACAGUCUUCGUCAAGCGGCUAUGGCGGCUUGUGAAAGUCAUGUUUCCAGCAUGGAGACACAUCACCACACUACUGACCGUUAUCCUGCUCGUACUCUCAGCUCUAGAGCAAGUCGUCAUCAACAAGGUUGGGUUCAUCGCUAGCGGAUACUACGAAGUUCUAGGAAAGAAAGACAGCAGAGGCUUUUGGUUAGCCACAGUCAAAUCUGUAGGUUUCAUCAUGGCCGAAUGUCUGAUCUACAGUAGCAAGACGUUCGUCGGUUCGUAUCUGUACGUCACGUGGCGUGAACUCAUCGGCCGCUACCUCCACAACCGCUACUUUCAGGACACCAAAUACUACCACGUGGGGAUAGGGACCAAGCUCAUAGAUAACCCCGAUCAGCGUCUCGCCCAGGACACGGACCGUCUCUGUAACCUCUUCAGUCAGAUUUUCAUCAACAUCGUCAUCACCCCCGCCGUCAUCAUCUACUACACGUACGACGCUGCCAGAAGUACUGGGUACAGUGGGCCAGUGGGAGUGAUUAUACUGUUUGCAGCAACAACGGCAGUCAACUACUUCCUCAUGACCCCCAUUGUCAACCUCUUCUACAAGCGGGAGAAACGAGAAGGUGACUUCAGGUUCAAGCAUAUGCACAUCCGUGUUAACUCGGAACAGAUUGCCUUCUAUAAAAGUGGAAAGCUGGAGCGAGAGCGAGCUGACAGAAGGCUGAGACGACUUCUGAACACCCAGUGGUCGCUCAUAAGGAGGCAAUAUGCUCUCAACGUUCCUAUCGCCAUCUUCGACAACAUGUACCUGUCCACCAUCCUCAGCUACAUCACCAUCUGGUUUCCCAUCUACCAUGGCGUCUACGACAACCUCUCCGCCGUCGACCUCUCGUCUUUCAUUAGCAAGAAUUCCUUUGUCGUUGGUUACUUGGUCAGCAGCUUCCAGAGCCUUGUUGACAUCUCGUCCAAGAUGGCGGAUCUCGCGGGAGUCACACACAGAAUUGGGCAACUUACGGAAAAGCUCCAGUCCAUCGAAGACCUUGACCCUGACCAGAUGAAGGAUAUGCCUGCCGCUUCAGAGAGAUCGGAGAGUAUCGAACUAACUGACUACACUAGGCAGACGGAGAGGGGGACAACAAGCUUUGCAGUGUCAAGAUGUGACGUAUGCACCUCCUACCAACGGUGUCAUGCUGUGUAAAAAUAUAAGCUUCCAGUUAGAAAGUGGAGUGAACAUCCUCAUCACCGGCAGGAGCGGAUGUGGGAAGAGCUCCCUCCUGCGAGUCAUGAAUGGCUUGUGGACACACACUACAGGUCACGUGGAGCGGUAUCUCAAGGACGGGCG